AUGGAUACUUCUUUAAAGAUGGACGAUUUUGGGAGUUUUGCUUCUCAGAACCAACCAUCUGUGCAUUCCCCUGUUGUUGAUGCGUUUGAUUCUUUGUUCUCCUCGUCCUUGGCCUUGGGUGGGGUUGCGACGAAAGAGUCUGAAGGGCUGCACAAUGAUCAGUUUUCUGGAGGCAAUGAUUGGGGUUUUGAAUCAGAAUUUGGUGGAGGGAAUGACAAUGGAGGGACAACUGAGCUUGAAGGGCUUCCUCCCCCGCCUUCUGGGGUUACUGCACCAGCUGCAAAGAACAAGGGAAUGGAUAUUCAUAAGCAGGGGCAAUAUGCUGAUGCCAUAAAGUGGUUGUCAUGGGCUGUAGUUCUCCUUGACAAGGCUGGCGAUGAUGCUGGCACAAUGGAUGUCUUAUCAUGCUGGGCUUCUUGUUACAAAGAAGUUGGGGAGUACAAAAAGGCUGUCGCUGACUGUACGAAGGUACUAGAACAAGACGGUACCAAUGUAUCUGUCCUUGUACAGCGGGCCCUCCUAUAUAAGAGUAUGGAAAAGUACAAGCUUGGGGCAGAAGACCUCAGGACUGUUAUGAAACUUGAUCCUGGUAACAAGCUCGCAAGAAGUACCUUUCACCGCUUGACUAAAAUGGCCGGGUGGAGAAGUUUUGGAAUUCUAUUUGUGAACCUUUUCAUUUCUCAUAUGCUUGAUUACACUAUCUCCCAUCUUCAUAUCAACUUGUGGGGGCUAUUAUUACGUUUCUCUUGA